AUGGCACUGAUCGUUUACUGGUACGACUUCAUAUGCUUUGGUAUAGUUUUGGCUGCAAUCGCUGCGUCCUUGUGGUUUAUAUUGCGCAGAGAAAGAGGCUGCAUAGACGUUGAAGAUACGGCGCACAAUAGCUUGUUACUGUCUAGAUCAGAGUCAGAGAGCCUUGGUCCGGCUCGGUUAUGGACGAGUUGCUGGAGAAGGUUACAUCCUGGGUGGCUUCUCUUGACGCGUUCCAUCUCUUUUCUCUCCAUGGCUGCUCUAUUGGCUUGGGACGUCUUGAAAUGGACCUUCAUGCUUGUGAUGAUCUACUUUGCGAUGGGGAUUAUGGCUUCAUUAUAUGGUUGCUUGGAACAUUCCAAAAAACCAACAUUGGGAACUGGUGAAGAUGCGGUUGUAAACAAUGUCGGAGAUUAUGAGUUAAGGCAAAGAUUAGGGGUUUAUGGUUGCUUCAUGGAGAGAAUUUUUCAGACAGGUGCAGGAGCAGUGGUGCUCACGGACGUUGUGUUUUGGCUAGUUAUAGUUCCUUUCAUAUCCAACACCCACCUCGGCUUAAACAUGUUGAUGAUUUGCAUGCAUACGGCAAAUGCAGGCUUCCUCAUACUCGACACGCUUCUCAAUAGCCUUCGGUUCCCAUGGUUUCGAAUAGGAUACUUUGUGCUAUGGAGUUGUCUCUAUAUUGUCUUCCAAUGGAUCAUCCACGCAUGUGGACUCACCUGGUGGCCAUAUCCAUUCCUCGAGCUUGAUCGGCCAUGGGCUCCCAUGUGGUACUUAUGCAUGGCAAUUGCUCACAUCCCUUGUUAUGGAGUUUAUGCUGCAAUUGUAAAAGCCAAGAACUCAUGCUUCCCUAGCCUAUUCCCAAAUGCGUUUCGUUAA